AUGAAGCUCCCAUGCCUACCUCUUCACCUCCACCACCACCACCACCACCUCCUCCUCCUCCUCCUCCCCCUCACCCUCCCAUCAGCCUCCCCCCUCCCAGUCACACCACAACCCGGCCCCUGCCCCCUCCUCCACAUCCUCUCCGCCCGUGAGACCACCGCCCCCCCAGGCUUCGGCUCCUCCAUAACCCUUACUCAACUCCUCCUCUCAACCUUCAACCACUCCUCCCCUCCCCCCACCCACCCAACCAUAACCGCCGAAGCAAUAGACUACCCGGCCCUAGGCGCCAACACAUCCGAAUACGCCGCCUCAGUAACAACCGGAACAGCAGCAGUCAUCAAACGGCUUUCUACAUUCAACGCCCUGUGUCCAGAGACAAUACUCAUCCUCCAUGGGUUCAGCCAGGGAGGGCAGAUCAUAGAUGAUGCGCUUUGCGGGGUGCCUCAUGAUUUUACUGGACGAGGAAAACCUGAUGAAGAUGGGGGACGGGUUGGGAGGCCUUUGGUUAGGAGGGAGGUGCAAAGGAAUAUUGCGGCGGUGGUGUUGAUGGGGAGUCCGAGGUUUACUGGUGGGAAAAGGAGGGGGGAGAAGGGGACGGCGAAGGUGGGAGGAUUUGCUGCCCGACCGGAGGGGUUCAGCUGUCCGGUGUUUGAUGAUAGGAUGGCGAGUUUUUGUGAUGAGGGGGAUCCGUUUUGUUCGGAUGGGGAGAAUGAGGAGGUUCAUGGGGGGUAUGGGGGAGUUUAUGGGGGGGAGGCGUUGGGGUUUGUGGUUGAGAGAGUGCUGGUUGGGUGA